UGCGCCUUGAUUUGAUUGUUCGGAGCCUCGCACUUUGCAUAAAUUUUUUCCGUGUUUCAAAACCACGCGGUAGCGCGCUUCUCCCUCUCUCCCUCUCCACAGAUCCGCGUCUUAUUCCAGGCUCUCUCUCAACCCAGUUGCAGGUCUCUCUCAAAAAAAAAAAAGAAAAAAAAAAAAGGUGAAAACAGGUUGGCUUCAAUGGAUGAAGGCGACUUAUACGACGGAAUUAGGGCCCAAUUUCCACUCUCUUUUGGAAAGCAAUCUAAAACGCUAACUCCAUUAGAGGCUAUUCACCGAGCAACCAGGCGCCAAGAAGCCUCUUCGCCAAACCCCAGUUCUUCUAGUGAACUUAGGAACCUUAAUUCUCUGAAACACCCAAAAAACGAUGAGUUUUCACAGGUUGCUAGGAACCCCAAUUAUUUGCCUGAGCAGAAAAACCCUAAUUUUAAAAGGGAGGAACAAAUGGAGUCGAAGAUACAUGUUUCUGAGCAUGAAGGAUUGCAGAAUUUGGACGGUGGGGAUGGUGAGGAUGAUGAUGAUGGGGUUAUGAUCGGUCCUCCAAGGCCAUCGGAUUUGGAAGAGUCAGAAUCCGAUGAAGAAGAUGAGAAUACUUAUAGGAUUCCUCUGAGUAAUGAAAUUGUGUUGAAGGGGCAUACAAAGGUCGUGUCAGCUCUUGCUGUAGACCAUACAGGGUCCAGAGUUCUAUCAGGCAGUUAUGAUUAUACUGUUCGCAUGUAUGAUUUCCAAGGGAUGAACUCUCGAUUGUCUUCAUUCAGGCAGCUAGAGCCAUUUGAGGGCCAUCAAGUCCGCAGUUUAAGUUGGAGUCCAACUGCAGAUCGAUUUCUCUGUGUAACAGGCUCUGCGCAGGCUAAGAUUUAUGACCGCGAUGGGCUCACUUUAGGUGAGUUUGUAAAGGGGGACAUGUAUAUACGUGACUUGAAGAAUACAAAAGGGCAUAUAACAGGUUUAACCUGCGGAGAAUGGCACCCAAGUGAGAAGCAGACAGUUUUAACUUCCUCAGAAGAUGGAUCCUUGCGUACUUGGGAUGUGUCUGACUUCAAAAGUCAGAAGCUGGUUAUCAAACCCAAGCUUGCAAGGCCUGCAAGAAUCCCUGUUACUACAUGUGCUUGGGAUCGAGAGGGCCAAUGCAUUGUUGGUGGUAUCGGUGAUGGUUCCAUCCAGUUAUGGAACCUGAAGCCUGGAUGGGGAAGCAGACCAGAUAUCUAUGUUGAGAAAGGACAUACAGAUGAUAUUACAGGAUUAAAAUUCUCUAGUGAUGGGAAAAUUCUUUUCUCAAGAAGUACUGAUGGUACAUUGAAGGUAUGGGAUUUGCGACAGAUUAAAAAACCUGUUCAUGUGUUUGCGGAUCUUCCAAAUAACUAUGCCCACACUAAUGUAGAACUCAGUCCUGAUGAAGAAUUGUUCUUCACUGGAACCUCUGUCGAAAGGGAUGGCAAGAGUGGAGGCAUGCUGUGUUUCUAUGAUAGGAAGAAACUCGAGCUUGUAUCGAGGGUGGGGAUCUCUCCAACUUGUAGUGUUGUUCGUUGUGCUUGGCAUCCAAAGCUUAAUCAGGUCUUUGCCACGGUGGGAGACAAAAAGCAAGGAGGAACUCACAUACUCUAUGAUCCUUCUCUUAGUGAGAAAGGAGCUCUUGUUUGUGUAGCUCGUGCACCUAGGAAGAAGUCGAUCGAUGACUUCGAGGUAAAGCCUGCUAUUCACAACCCACAUGCACUGCCUUUGUUCAGAGACCAGCCUAGCCGCAAAAGACAACGUGAAAAAUCUUUGAAGGACCCAAUCAAGUCGCAAAGGCCGGAUCUACCUGUUACUGGUCCUGGCUUUGGUGGUAGAGUUGGUUCUACCAAAGGAAGCUUGCUGACCCAAUACCUUCUCAAGGAAGGGGGUUUGAUCAAGGAGACAUGGAUGGAGGAAGAUCCAAGAGAAGCUAUACUGAAAUAUGCAGAUGUUGCAGCAAAGGAUCCCAAGUUUAUUGCUCCUGCAUAUGCGGAAACACAGCCAGAACCUGUUUUUGCAGAGUCGGAUUCUGAUGAGGAAGAGAAAUGAUAUACAUGCCCACUGUCACAGUUCAGAAAUUCACGGUAUAGACUAUAGUUACCCGAAUCACCUACUGAGGUUGCGAUUCCGGUUCGAAACUAUGGUUUUGCGUUUCCCAAGAUGCAUCUUGAUUUUGGAAGAAAGGAAUCACGUUUUCAAGUUUUUCGAAACGCGAUUCAAUUGAGUAUAUGAAUUUCAAUUCCUGGAAUCUUGGAGUCAAGAUUCCAUAUCGCAGAAUUUGUGAUUCUUAGCUAUACAACAAUGUGAUUUUAUGUGUGCGAGAUGUUGAUUCCAAUUAUUUAGGAAUUGCGAAUUCAUGUUGUUUGGAAGCAAGCUCCACAUCAUUAAAAAGCAUGGUUCGUAAAUGUAUUGAACAGUGUUUCGAUUAAUAUCGAAUCAAAUUAUUGACACAGAUUCAAGAUUUAAACACAAAAUGAUGAAUGAGAUGUAUUCACAAAUUGUAUGUUGCUGGAGGAGUUCUAUGAACCCAUUCUAUAUUA